ACCCAAUUUGCACAUGUCUGCGAACCCCAUCAUUUAAAACCCCCCCAACCGAGUUGUUGUCUCACUGCCCUCAUUUCAAGGUUCCGUAUUAAGGUUUAUUAUCCGUUUUGUUUUGUUGUGGGGAGAGCAAUUGAUCUUAGGGGUGCAUAGAUGGGUAACAGUUUAGGCGGCAAGAAAACGACCAAAAUCAUGAAAAUAGACGGUGAGAGUUUUAAGCUGAGAACUCCGGUGACGGCUGAGGAGGUCUUGAAAGACUUUCCCGGCCACGUUGUGUUAGACUCCGAAUCCGUCAAGCACUACGGUGCCCGAUCCAAACCACUUGAGGCGAAGCAAAGGUUGCAGGCGAAGCGGCUAUAUUUCGUGGUGGAGCCUGUUAAAGAGUGUCCACCGAGAAGGGUAAGAUCGGGAAUCCACGUGAGUGCGAAGGAGAGGCUUGAGAGCCUCAUGCUUGCCCGUAGAUCCUCUUCAGAUCUCUCCAUACUCAGACCGGCAGGAGGAUGGACGACGACGACGUCAGAGGAAGAAGGAGGUGCGGUUAGGGUGAAGGUGAGAGUUCCCAAGGCGGAGCUUGAAAGGCUCGUUAAGGAAGGAGCCACGGAGGCCGAAGCCACCCAAAAGAUAGCUGCUCUCUUUAUGGCCAAACAGAACCACCAGGAACCGCCUCACAAUACAGAAGAAGAGCCCGCGGCCUCUGUCUCCGCCGCCACCACGAGAGAAGUCAAAUCCCGUUUGAAACGAGUGAGUUUCAUGGCGGAAAGAGAAGGAGGGAGCGAGAUCACCGUCGCUUGAACAUAUCAAUAUAUAUACGCUAUUAGAAGAGUGCUUCCCAACGUUUCUUGCAAAUUCUAUGUACAUAAAGAACGCUAAAACGUUUGAGAGAAAGCUAUUCAAUAUUCAUCCAUGCAUGUCUCCACUAUAUAUAUGUAUUCAGAGUUUAUUUAUUACAUCAAGAAACAGUAAUUUUAUAAGUUUGUCUCACCUUAUUGGUUAUAUUUUUGACUGUGUUUGCCGGGAAUAAAAGAAA